UAGCUUAUUAAAGCAAAACAGGAAAUAAAUCAUGAAAAUUUCAUUUUAUAGUAUUUUGUAUUUACAAUACUCGACCGAUUGAUCGAAUAUGAGUCGAACAUUUUUGCAAAAAAAAAAACAUCAGCAAAGAAACAUAAACAAAAUAAAAUUUAAAAUGAAUAUGGACCCACUUUAUGUUUUUUAAAAUAUGCCCUAGCCUAUAUAUAGAUAAGGGGUUCUGAGACCCAUACACAUAAUAGGCAGCUACGAAACUUUCUACUCUCUGCCAUAAAUCCUUUCCUUUUUUUUUACUCUCCCUUUAGUAGAAAUAUAAAACCAUGGGAAUCGCAGAAGAAAGCAGCAAGCCAAUGUGGGGUAGCGUGAGCCACACGUCUCCAGGUCCAGGCUACUCUCUCAACGGCAAAAUCAUGCUCUCCUCCGUAAUCAUCCUCUUCGCCGCCGUGCUCAUGAUCCUCUGCUUCCACAGCUACGCCCGAUGGUUAUUCCGCCGUCAAAACCGUCGCAUUCGCCGCCGUAUUCGUGCUCACCUCCGAGCUCUCACCGCCUCCACCAUCUCCUCCUCCUCCCUUUCCCCUCUCGACACGGCGGUUCUCGAGAAGAUUCCUAUCUUCGUUUACUCCUUGGAGACUCAUCAUCAAACGCCACUGGAGGAGUGCUCCGUUUGCUUGUCGGAGUUCGAAGAAGAGGACCAAGGCCGUAUCCUCCCUAAAUGUGGCCACGCUUUUCACGUUGAUUGCAUCGAUACUUGGUUCCGCUCCAGAUCCACUUGCCCUCUUUGCAGAGCUCCGGUUCAACCGGAAAGUCCCUCGACCCGACCCGAAUCAGCCGAACAAGCCGCUUCGGUUAAACCGGUGGAGGACAUAGAAACUGGAAGUUCUUCUUCCUCCUCCUCCUCUUCUUCGUCUUCGCCGUUGAGGUUUCCGAUGGAGGCGUGUGAGAGAGAACCAAUAGAUUUAGUCGGUGUCAUGGUGGAGACUCCUCACAUAAUUUGAAGGCUCUUCUAAUAGUUACCCGGUUCUAACCAACAGCCAAAACGGAUGUAAUCGGGUUUUAUCUUUGGAAAGACUAUGGAGCAUCUAGAGAAGCGUGCGGGCAAAGAAAUGAUAUUUUUUCUUUUCUUUUUUCAAAACCGCAUGAGAUUUUUGACACGUAGCAAUAAUGCCAGCUCACGUGGCGCUAACGCUGGUCCACGUGGCCGUUAUUGAUGGACCACGAGAGCGCCUACGUUAUCAUCCACCACCACUAAAAUUGCUACAAGCCUGGUGGUCUACGGAGAGCUUCUUACAUAAAACUUUCAUUUUUGUAAAUUUAUUAUCACAAAAAUCAUAGCGACUGUGGGAACUGAAUUAGCUAGGCACCACUAGAAUUCACACUUAUUUAUUUCGAAAAAGAUUACAUGAAUGACAUCAAAUGAUACAACUUAGUGACA